GCUCCCGUUUCCUAACUCAUCCUGAAGAACGUUUCAGUUACCUCAUUGAGAUAGCUUCAGAGCGACCAUGGUUGGAUUCCUAUCCGUCUUCCACAAAUCUAAAAAUAGAACCAGCUUUAGAGUCUCCUCCGUUAUACAAAACACUUCAUCUAAAUCCUAUUACAGAAAUGCCCAUCUGUCUAAUUCAAUUAAUCCAUCUAUUUCCCCCUCAAUUCCUCCCAAUUUCGGUUCCACAAUAACUUCAACUGUGUUUUCUACACUUGGGUUUCUAUCGAAACAUCCGAACUUCUCCAAUCUAACAAAAAGAGGAACUUGGUUGUCCUUAUUUUGCGUUUUGGGUGAAUCUAGGAUUUUCUCAUCUGGUUCCCUUCUGAACCGGACCAGUUCUAGAAACCCGAUCAGUAUUGGAGGACUGAGAAGCUUCAGUACUGAAUCUUACCGGGAAUCAAUAAACUAUGAUAUUGUUAUUGUGGGAGCGGGACCUGCUGGGCUGUCAGCUGCGAUCCGGUUGAAGCAGUUGUGCCAAGAAAGGGGUGUUGAUUUAUCAGUCUGCGUGGUUGAGAAAGGUGCCGAAGUGGGUGCACAUAUCGUAUCAGGGAAUGUUUUUGAACCUCGGGCACUAGAUGAACUUCUUCCUCAAUGGAGACAGGAGGGGGCCCCGGUCAAUGUUCCUGUUUCUGAUGACAGAUUUUGGUUACUCACGAAGGAUCGUGCUUUUUCACUUCCAUGCCCAUUUGAUAAUGACGGCAACUAUGUGAUCAGUUUGAGUGAGUUAACACGUUGGAUGGGAAGGAAGGCGGAUGAAUUAGGAGUCGACAUAUACCCAGGCUUUUCGGCUAGUGAGAUUUUAUAUGAUGGAAAUGACAAGGUUGCUGGGAUUGCAACUAAAGAUAUGGGUGUUGCUAAAGAUGGUUCAAAAAUGGAAAACUUUCAGUGUGGUGUUGAACUGAAAGGUCAUAUUACACUUCUUGCUGAAGGAUGUCGAGGUUCAUUAUCAGAGAAAAUAAUGAGACAUUACAAGUUGAGAGAAAAAGUAAAAGCACAACAUCAGACAUAUGCUCUAGGCAUAAAAGAGGUGUGGGAAAUUGAUGAAGGGAAGCAUAAACCUGGUUCUGUGCUUCACACACUGGGAUGGCCACUUGACAGUAAAACCUAUGGUGGAUCUUUUUUGUACCACAUGAAGGAUAGACAGGUUUCAAUUGGCCUUGUGGUUGCAUUGGAUUAUAAAAAUCCUUUCUUGAAUCCAUAUGAAGAAUUCCAGAAAUUCAAACAACAUCCUUGUAUUAAACCUCUAUUGGAAGGUGGAACUGUUCUCCAGUAUGGUGCUCGGACUUUGAACGAGGGUGGUUUUCAGUGUAUUCCAUAUCCAGUUUUUCCGGGUGGAGCAAUUAUUGGAUGUUCUGCUGGGUUCUUAAAUGUGCCGAAAAUAAAGGGAACACAUACUGCAAUGAAAUCAGGAAUGCUAGCAGCAGAAGCUGCAUUUCGUGUGAUUAAUGAAGGUAUUAGUAUGGAAACAUAUUGGGAUAAUUUGAGGAAGUCAUGGAUAUGGGAAGAACUCUAUAGAGCUCGUAAUUACCGCCCGGCAUUCAAGUAUGGGCUGAUCCCAGGUGUGGUGUUUUCUGCCAUAGAGCACUACAUUUUGAGGGGAAGGUCCCCACUGACGCUGAAACAUGGAAAACCUGAUCAUGAAGCAACAGAUGCUGCAAGAUUACACACUCCUAUUCAGUACUCCAAGCCAGAUGGGUUGGUUUCAUUUGAUGUACCAACUUCUCUCUACAGGAGCAACACAAACCAUGAACAUGACCAACCAGCCCACCUUCAUCUGAAGAACCCCAGGAUUCCCGAACUUGUCAAUCUGUCAGAAUUUGCUGGACCUGAGUCACGUUACUGUCCAGCACGUGUAUACGAGUAUGUCUCAGAUGAGAAAGGCCAGCAGAAGUUGCAAAUCAAUGCUCAAAAUUGCCUGCACUGCAAGGCAUGUGAUAUUAAGGACCCAACACAGAAUAUUGAGUGGACAGUGCCAGAAGGAGGUGGUGGUCCCGGUUAUUCACUCAUGUAGAUCUUCCCUUUUUUGUUAGUUCAUAUUCUUGUAAAAGUAAUAAACUUCAGAUCUUGUCGAAAAUAAUGAUAAAUUAAGAGCUUCAGAUCUUUCUUAUGGACACUUUCAUAACUAGUUUACUUCGCA